AUGCCGCAUUAUAAGUACUGUAUAGUACCGAAAUGUACUAAUACUUCAAGUAGUACACCUGAAAAACUGUUUUUUAAUGUGCCAAGGGACCUGAAAGUGCGCAAAAAAUGGUGUACUGUCAUGAAGAGGGAUGACAAAGUUCCGCUUUCGUACCACACUGUAAGAUAUUGUUGCGAGGAUCAUUUUGAUUUGGAAGCUGAUAUGGAGAACUACGUCAAGUAUAAGCUUGUGGGAGGACAGCUUAGAUUGAAGAAGGAAGUAUUGCCUCAUAAGUUUGAUUGCCAAAAACCACAAAAAAAUAUAGCUGAGAGACCCGGGUUUAAGAAAAGGCAAGAUAUAGAAUAUUUGAAACGAGUCUUAAGUAAAAAUGUUGAACAUGAAAAUUUGAUGCCGAACCCGGUUGAAUUUAUUGAGAUUGAAGAUGAUUCAAAAAAUAAUCCACUUUCUAUAGCAGAAAGUGUAAAUGAGUUGCCAGAAUCUCAUCAAACUGGCCAGAAAACCAAAGGUGUACAGAUAAGCAAAAUGCCUCGCAAAUAUAAGCGAAAACCAGGCGUGGUGCCACGUAACAUCCACUGGACAGAAGAUAGCUUAGCACUUGCCUUCGAAGAAUUGAAACAAAAAAAAAAAGGAAAAUAUCCUGUUCUUGGCGUUGAGAAUGAAAGAAGACUGGUAGCUCAUUUAUUAAAGCUUGGAGACGCCGGUUUUCCUCCUGACAGAAUUGUGAUUCGCCAAUUAGCUUAUCAGUUUGCCGAAAAAGCGAAACGUGAAGAAAAAUCCAUAGAAGACCAGAUGACAGCAACAGAAUCCAAUGAGCCAAGUGAGAUGGAUUGCCAACCAACAGCAUUGCUUCAGCUGAGAUUCCAAUGUGAUGCUCCUCUAAUAUCAUUGAAAGAAAAACCUUAUAGCACUUAUUUGUCAGAACAACCCAGCACAUCAAAACAAAAUGACGAUGCUUUGAUCGAGAAGGUUUUUGAGUAUAUCUGGGUAAAACCUUAUCAGAAGCAGAAGAUGGUGAAGUUAAAAUUAUGA